AUGAUGGGUGAAUUAAAAUAUCGAAGAUGGUCAUUUAAACAUGGUGGAACUCCAUUAAAGAUAAUCAGUGACAAAUUCAACUUUCCUAGAGAUUCUCAAGGUCAAUUAAUUAUUCCUCAAAAUGAUAUCUUGGUUAAAAUUCAUUAUGCAUCAAUUAAUCCAAUAGAUAGUAAGCUUCAUCAUAUCAUGUAUUUUGCUCCCUUUGUCAAUCAUGGUAUAGGCAAAGAUUUCAGUGGAGAAAUCAUUGCAUUAGGUCCAAAUGUUCAAAAUUUUAAUAUUGGCGAUUUAGUUCAAGGUUUCCAUCCUGGUGCUUUAACUUUUGAUGGAACAUUUAGUGAAUAUUUAUUGAUUAAUACAAACUUGCUAAUGUUUAAUACUGAAAUUGCUAAGAUUCCAAAUAACAUUUCCCUCGAACAAGCUGCUGCAUGGCCAUUGGUUUUUGGUACGGCCAUGUUGAUGAUCUAUGGAUUGUCUGUUAAAAACAAGAAAGUAUUAGUUCUCGGUGCUGCCACUUCUGUAGGAAGAUACUUGACACAAUUACUAAGAAUUGAAGGUGCAAGUGAAAUCGUUGCUAGUUGUUCUCCGAGAUCUCAAGAUUUAAUAAGAGAAUUAGGUGGCACAAAAAUUAUCAAUUAUCAAAAAGAUGUAUUGAAUCAAGUUUUGGAGAAUUCUAAAGAUAAACCAUUUGAUUAUAUCUUAGAUUGUUGGGGUGGUACUGAAUUAUUCCCGCACAUUGAUCAUAUCUUGGUCAAAAAUGGUACAUACCAUUCUAUUGUUGGUGAUUGUCCAGGUAGUGGAAUGUUUCCAUUUCUUUGGGGGACUUUCAGAGCACUUGCAAGAACUGUCGCAAGUUCUGUUCAUUUCUUCGACUAUUCUUAUAGUUAUGUAUUUUUGGGAACUAAAAACACUGGAUGGAUUCCUAAAGCUCAACAGUAUAUUGCUAGUGGGAAAGUAAAAAUUUUUGUCGAUAAGGUUUACGAUUUUGAGGAUGUUCCGAAAGCAAUUGAGUUCAUAGAAAGUGGUCAAGCUCAGGGAAAAUUGGUUAUCAAGAUUGCUGACAACUAA